AAAAAAUAAAAACUCAUAAUCCGUGAUUCGAGCGAUUUCUCGUCGAUUUUUUGUUUUGCUUCUUCUAUUCUUGUUUUUAUUUGUCUUACUCUCCAUCACCAUAUUUGAUAGAACAAUAUCAAAAAUUAAAAUAAAGGAUUUUGAUUGGAGAAGAAGGUGAAUCUAAAGCUAUUAAUCUCUCUAUCGGAUGAAUUCGCCGUCAAGUUACAAGAAUUCGAGACUCUUUUCGAAAUCCAUCGCUUUGAAAUGUCUUCUUCUUGUUGGUAUUGCUCUGUUUUACAAAGCUCUGUUUCUCUCUGACUCUCCUAGAAACGCUCUCUUGUUUCGAGCUCGUUACACGUCAGAUUCUUCCUCAAUUGAUGGAGUUAGGACAGAUAAGUUUCUAGAGGUUCCACAGAUCGUAUGGGGAUUGAACAAUCAGAAGAUAGCUUUUGCAAGAGCUUGUUUGACGGCUAGAACGAUGAACAGAACGCUUCUCAUGCCUAGCUUAAGCGCUUCCUUGUUCUACAAGGAAGUGGAUAAGCUUCUUCCGCUUCCGUUUGAGAAAGUGUUUCAGUUCGAAAGAUUCAACUCUCUGUGUAAUGGGUUUGUGCGUCUUGCUCGAUUCUCUGAGGUAAAAAACAGAACACAAGUUUUUGAUUUGGAGAAAGGUAGUGGAAGAAGAUGGACAGUGGAGAGAGACAUGGAACAGUUGAAAGAAUCUGUAUCCAUGGAUGAGUUUGAAGUGAUCCGUGUCAGAGGGAAGAAUCCUUUCUUGUGGCAUGAUCAUUGGCCGGUUAAGGACUAUGCUAAGGUCUUUGAAUGUAUGGUUGUUGUUGAUGAGAUCUCAAGAGAAGCAGAGAAAGUUGUGAGGAAGAUCAGAGAAGCAGGGGAGAAGGAAGCUAGAGGGAGACUUGAGCAGGAUCCUAUUCCUUUUGUUGCGGUUCACAUGAGGAUAGAGAUAGAUUGGAUGAUACAUUGUAAGAAGCUAGAGCAGAGGCAAAAAGUAUCAGAGAUUUGUAGUAGUAAAAGAGAGAUUAUGGAGAGAGUAGGGAACAUUUCAGGUUUAAAGACUCCCACAGUUCUUUACCUAGCGGUAGCUGAUAGUCUCUUGGAAGAGAAAAAAGAAGAAUCGUCGGUGUUAAAGGGUUGGAGAGAUGGGUUGAUACCUUUUGAGAAGAAGAAGCUUGGUGUUAAAGAGGAGGUUUACAGCAAAUAUUCGUAUCUGAUUCAGUCUGCUAUAGACUAUGAGGUGUGUUUAAGAGCAGAUGUUUUUGUUGGUAAUAGCUUUUCUACUUUCUCUAGUCUCAUUGUUCUUGAGAGGACGCAGAAGGUGAGAAGGUUAGGGUUUAUGAGUUCUUGUGAAGAUGGUGGAAACAUGUGGAGGUCGUAUGCUUAUAAUUUGGCUGGAGAAUCAGAGGGAGUUCCAAGGAGAUGGAUGACGAAUAUGACUCAUUCUAGCUUGGAAGCUAUUAGUUAUGGCUCAAACUCUGUUUCUUGUUCAAGUGAGUGAAGUUGACUUUGUAGAAUUAGUUUUUUUUUGGUCUUUUUAUACAAUUCGUUUAUUUGUGGGGGUACAAAGUCGUGUAGCUUUUAGGUCUUUGUUCUUCAAAUUUGUCUUUUUGUAACGAUUGUGAGAAAAGAGAAAGAAUUGAAAUCUACUGAACCAGUUUUUUUAGUUAUUACACAAGUUAAGUUAUUACAUUUGGAUAUUUCUUCAGCUAAAAGUUUAGCUAUGUUUUUCUUAUUGCCG